CUUGGAGUGAUUCAUCUUCCAGGUCGAGGGAGCUAUGUCGGGAUAUAUCUUGUGCUCUUUUUACUCCAUUGUUACUGGGAAACGGUGUUUGGGCAGCUCUCCUAUUCCGUCUCAGAGGAGGUAAACCCGGGGACGCCUGUUGGAAAUAUCGCUAAGGACCUGAACCUUAAUUCUCAGGACCUGGAAUCACGUAUGUUUCAGAUUGUUACUGGAUCAAAGAGAAAAUUCUUCGAGGUAAAUCUAAAGACUGGUGUUCUGUAUGUCAGUGAGAGAAUAGACAGAGAGGAGCUUUGUGCAGAGGAGCUUAAAUGCUCGGUGAGUGUCGAAGCCGUCAUAAAUAACCCUUUAAAGCUUUACCGUAUUGACGUAGAUAUUUUAGAUGUUAAUGACAAUGCCCCAAUGUUUUCGACCAAAUUGCAAAAUCUGUAUAUCGCAGAGAGUACCUUACCAGGAGUAAAAUUCGCAUUAUCUGAAGCAAAUGAUGCAGAUGUGGGAAGAAACGGAGUCAGUACUUACAAAUUGAGCCAGAAUGAGCAUUUCUCUUUGGCUGUGCACAAAGCAGGUGACAGUGUAUCUGCUGAGUUAGUGCUACAGAAAGCUUUAGACCGAGAGAAGCAGCCUGUGAUCACCAUGACACUGACCGCUGUAGAUGGAGGGAGUCCUCCGAAAUCAGGCACCUCACAGCUCGUUGUUAACGUUUUAGACAAUAACGAUAACAUCCCGAUUUUCAGCGAAACGUUAUAUAAGACAAAAAUCCUAGAAAACACGCCACUGGGUACGGUAGUAAUUGCUGUAAACGCCACCGAUGCAGAUGAGGGGCUGAACAGUGAGAUUGUGUAUUCUCUGAGAAGCAAAGAUCAAGAUCAUGUACUUGAUAUAUUUGAAAUUGAAAGUCAAACAGGUGUCAUUAAGGUAAAAGGCAAUAUAGACUUUGAAGAAAAAAAGGCUUUUGAGAUACGUGUAGAGGCCAGUGAUAAAGGGCAACCUCCCAUGUCUGCUCAUUGUAAAGUGCUGGUAGAGGUGGUGGACAUCAAUGAUAAUGCUCCCGAGAUCACUGUGACGUCACUUCAUACCAUAGUAAAAGAAGACUCUAGUGCAGGCACCGUAGUUGCUCUUGUGUCAGUCCUCGAUAAGGAUGGCGGAAAAAACGGUGAUGUGAACAUUCAAAUUAAAAAUGAUGUUCCACUCAAACUCGAAACAAACUACAAAAAUUAUUAUUCUCUAUUAGUUGACGGACCGCUGGACAGAGAGAGUGUCUCAAACUACAACGUCACCAUCGUCGCAACUGAUAAAGGAUCCCCGUCACUUUCGGGCACAAGUGUGCUUUCAAUACACGUUUCUGACGUCAAUGAUAAUCCACCUCUGUUUCCAGAGCCGCUAAUUAAUGUAUAUGUGAAAGAAAACAGUCCAGUGGGAGCAGUUAUUAAAACAGUGACUGCCACUGAUGCUGACGUUGACCAGAACAGUCAGGUUAGCUAUUCUUUUUUACAAAGUAACAGUAACCCACUGUCUACAAUGGUGAAUAUCAACUCAGAAACUGGAGAUAUAGUCAGCCUGCAGUCUUUUAACUAUGAAGAGUUAAAAACGUUUCAGUUUAAAUCGCUGGAAUAG